CCAGGGCGAAGCUGGCAAGUUGCAGGACCUCUGGACACUUCCCUCCGGCAGCCCUCCGCACCUGCGCCCCGCCCCGGGUCCGCCCCCAAUCUCUCCGGGGGCGGGGGCGAGGCGACCCAACCCGAGGAGUCGCGAAGGGAGGGGCGGCGGCCGCUCCGUGCUGGCUCCGCAGGCCGGGCUGGACGAGUGUCUGGCCCUUUAAGGGCCGCCCCCGAGGAGGUGCCAGGCCCUGGUGGCUCCGGUCUCUCCUUCCUGGUCCUGCGGGGCAGGGACUGUCGGUAGAGCUGUGGGAGGGCAAAGUGCCCUGACCGGCCCAGGUGUCCCCCUGCCAGGCCCCAUGGCCCUGGUCACCGUGAGCCGCUCACCCCCGGCCAGCGGCCACUCCACGCCUGUGGGGCCCACGCAGGACCAGGCAUCCAGGCGGAGAAGCCGGCUCCAGAGAAGGCAGAGCUUUGCUGUGCUCCGCGGGGCUGUCCUGAGACUGCAGGAUGGAGAGGAUGAGGGAGAAGCAGCCGAGGGUGGUCCCGAGGCGGUGGAGAGACCCCCGGGCGAAGAACACCCCCACGGGGACCAGACAGACGACGGGCACAGGCCCCAGAGCCCCAGGAAGCAGGAGCAGAGCCAGCACCUACAUCUCAUGGUGGAGUUGCUGAGGCCGCAGGAUGACAUCCGCCUGGCAGCCCAGCUGGAGGCAGCCCGGCCCCCCCGGCUCCGCUACCUGCUGGUAGUUUCCACAAGAGAAUACCUGCGCCGGGAUGAGACUGUCCUCCUGGGGGUGGACUUCCCGGAUAGCAGUUCCCCCAGCUGCACCCUGGGCCUGGUCUUGCCUCUCUGGAGUGACACCCAGGUGUACCUAGAUGGAGACGGGGGCUUCAGUGUGACGUCCGGUGGGCAAAGUCGAAUCUUCAAGCCGAUCUCCAUCCAGACUAUGUGGGCCACGCUCCAGGUGCUGCACCAGGCAUGUGAGGCGGCUCUCGGCAGCGGCCUCGUGCCAGGGGGCAGCGCCCUGACCUGGGCUGGACACUACCAGGAGAGAUUGAGCUCUGACCAAAGCUGUCUCAACGAGUGGAUGGCUAUGGCUGACCUGGAGUCCCUGCGGCCUCCCAGUGCCGAGCCCGGCCGGCCCUCCGAGCAGGAGCAGAUGGAGCAGGCUAUCCGGGCUGAGCUGUGGGAGGUGCUGGACACCAGUGACCUGGAGAGCGUCACUUCCAAAGAGAUCCGCCAGGCCCUGGAGCUGCGCCUAGGCCAGCCGCUGCAGCAGUACCGCGACUUCAUCGACAACCAGAUGCUGCUGCUCAUGGCCCAGCAAGACCGCGCCUCCCGCAUCUUCCCGCACCUCUACCUGGGCUCUGAGUGGAAUGCCGCAAACCUAGAGGAGCUGCAGAGAAACAGGGUCAGCCACAUCUUGAACAUGGCCCGCGAGAUCGACAACUUCUACCCUGAGCGCUUCGUCUACCACAAUGUGCGCCUCUGGGACGAGGAGUCAGCCCAGCUGCUGCCCCACUGGAAGGAGACCCACCGCUUCGUGGAGGCCGCCAGGGCACAGGGCACCCGGGUGCUCGUCCACUGCAAGAUGGGGGUCAGCCGCUCGGCCGCCACAGUGGUCGCUUAUGCCAUGAAGCAGUACGGCUGGAGCCUGGAGCAGGCCCUGCGCCACGUGCAGGAGCUCCGGCCCAUCGCUCGCCCGAACCCCGGCUUUCUGCGCCAGCUGCAGACCUACCAGGGCAUCCUGACUGCCAGCCGGCAGAGCCACCUCUGGGAGCAAAAAGCAGGUGGGGCCUCCCCAGAGGAGCCCCUCGCCCCCGAUGUCUCUACACCAUUCCCGCCUCUUCCGCCGGAGCCGGGGGGCGGUGGGGAGGUGAAGACUAUGGGUCCGGAGGAGAGCCAGGCAGCCCCGAAAGAAGAGCCUGGGCCACGGCCCCGUAUCAACCUCCGAGGGGUCAUGAGGUCCAUCAGCCUCCUGGAGCCUUCCUCGGAGCUGGAAAGCGCCUCAGGGGCCACUGACCUGCCUGAGGUGUUUUCUUCAAAUGAAUCCUCAGAGGAAGACCCUCCAGAGCCCUGCCCUCAGCUCUCAAAGGCCCAGGGCUGCAGGCGGGGUCCCAAGGGGCCUUGGCCGGCCCUGAAGUCCCGCCACUCUGUGGUCGCCCUCAACAGCGCCGCCCUGGUGGCCGCCCGGACCCAGGCCUUCCAGGAGCAGGGGGAGGCUGCCAGUACCUCCGCACCCAGGCUCCGCGGGAAGGUGGUGAGGCAGGCCAGCAUGGAUGGCAGUGGGGAGGAGGGCGAGGCCUGAGCCCUCACACACUCCCGUGGCUCCCAGACACAAAUCAAGGGGCCCACACACAGCUCCUGGGAUGAGCAUCUUUCACUCCAGCCGACCUGCCCACAUUCC